UUUCAGAGCGCGGAAGCGUAAUCUACCUCCAACUUUUCAUUGCUCAACUGCCUUUUGGAGCUUGAGGAACUCCUUUGAAAAUGAGUGGUGAGGUGGUCGCAACGGUACCACCUGGUACACAAGUCGUCGUUGAAGCGAAGUUGCUCACCUCUGAUGUAGAUCACACUAUUGAAGAGGUUCGUCAAGAAACGAUACAACAAGUGCAAGACGCGCUUACGGUUGUCGGACAGCCGCUGCAGCAUCUGAAUAACUCUAGACCUCCCAAUCGGACGUUAUUCUGCAGAAAAUGUGAAGGUCAUGGACUGCAAGUGGUUUUGAAGGGACAUGCAUCACGAUGUCCAUACAAUAACUGUCAGUGCAAGACGUGUUCCAAUGUGAUGUCAAUGAGAGCUAAUGCCAUUAUAAGAAGAUAUCGAACUCGAACACUCGAAGGGGGUUUGGUACUGAAACCGGUACAUUUCAAAAACGGCAACACACGUCUCAGAGUCUUUCCGAAAUAUGUUGAUGAGUCUGACGCGUUGCCAAUUCCGAUGGAGCGUCCCCGUGAAAAGCAUUCCUCUGGUGACGAUGUUAGUGCUAGGAGCCAGGUACAGCCUAUUACACCUCCAGCUAACGGAGGUGCUUGUGGUGGACCAUUUGCUGUGAAGCGAAGUUUCAGUGAAACGCAAGUGGACUGUCUUCAGGAGGCAGAACAACGUUCUUCACCAAAGCGCUCAUUCGCUGAGACGAAUGAUUCACCGGUGGAAUCGACCCCACAAACGCAGUUCUCACAGUAUUUACAACCUAAUCUUUUGGAUCUGCUUUUGAAACAUCAGCUGUCGAACGGUGAUCCAGCCACUAAUCUUCUUACACAAAACAUUCUUGGACUACCAUCGAACUGCUUGCCCGUCUGCCCUCUGCCUCAGUAUGAUCCUCCGUCUACAACACUUCUUGCCUCCACAUUGUCUAGUCUACCAACUGCCUCGCUUACGUACUCAUCCCCAGUGACCUCUUAUCCGAAUCCGUUUUUGACUGCUUCGUCUAACAUCAACUCUUCAACGAGAACACAGGAAGACAAUGAACCUGUGGUAUGUCCUACUAGCCAACUUAGUGAAUUAUCAAUUGGCAUGUCGGAACCAAAUGUCUCUGAGCAUCAGAAAUUAACUCCCGGAAUGAUCAUGAUCACAGGACAUCAGGUGGAUAGAGAGCCGGAACCAUUUACUGCAAAUCUUAUGAUCUCACCAACGGCUGACAGAAACCAUCCAUUAUUCAAGCAGUUCCUUGCCACCGUGAAGGAGUUGGAAAAGCAAAUGCUGUUUGAGUACAGGACGUAACCUUACGAGAGACUGCGAUUUAUGUGUUCUACCUUCUGUUAGGAUUUUUAGCAUUGAAUUAUGGGUAUGUUUUAUGGAUAGGAUCAUGGAAUGUAAUCCUGGUGAAAAGGCAUUGUCCACCCAAACUGGGAAUGAUGAGAAUUUGAUUCUGUAUAAUAGCGACCCAACUAGGUGAUGGCCUGGUCCCGUUGCAGAAGAUAAAUGUCGAAGGGAGGAAAUUGCUGCAGAAGACAAGCGGGGAGGUGCCCCGCCAAUGAACGGGGUAUUCUGAAACUAAUAAUUCCGAAAUUGGACUUCAUGGUUUCUAGAAUUGUCCUAAAUUUACCCUUCAUCAUGAUAUCAGAUUUUCGACAUUUCUAUCUGCGACGAAGCCCACUUUCGAACUCUAUCUUCAAACCACUCACACUGAUAGGGGAAGUCUCCUUGGCCGUUUCAAAUUUCUGGAGCGAUUUUCUCUUUUUAGAAUUCAUAUUUUGCAGCGAGACUUUGGCACUUGCUUGACUAAGGGUCCCACUAUUAUACAGGAUCAAAUUCUCAUCACCCUCAAUUUGGGUGGAUAGUGCCUUAAACCAGUUGUGUGAAAGUUGUUUUUAAUUUUCAUCAUCAUCUUAGAAGUCAUUUUAUUUUUGCGAAAGAGUGGACCUCGAUAUUGUAGAAAUACUGACGGACUAUUAUUACUACGAUAAUGAAAACGACAGUUUUGUUUCUUCAUUACGUUGAAAAAUGUUGAGAUUUAUAAUUUUCGAGCCUCUAAUAUGAGAAAAUGGUUGUGAUUCCCGUGUGUUUGUCCCUAAUUUUAUAUUUACCGUCAACUUCAAUUUUAUUUUGGAGAGCUACAAUUCUUCACAUUUGUUGUUUCGUGUUUUAGCAUGUUUUCAAAUUCAGUGAUAAUAUUUGUAUUCACUGCACAGAUUCUAUAAAGACAUUCGGGUUG